AUGACUGUUGGAGGCCGGAAAAUGCGUUACGUUGCUGCUCAAGGUCCAUUGGCUGAGACAACUGUAGACUUUUGGCAGAUGGCGUGGGAGAAUCAAGUAAAUCUGAUCAUCAUGGUUACAUCGGAGUGUUUCCAAUAUUGGCCACCAGACGAUUGUAAGUCGUCAGUACAGCAUGGAUCAUUUUGUGUGACGAGCCAGUACUUCACUGAUUCAGGAACAACCAUCACUCGAAGAUUUUGUCUUACGCACUCAUCCUCGACUGAACAAAGAGUUGUGUGGCAUUUGGAAUUUGUUGGAUGGCCAGACUUUGGAGUGCCACAAUGUCUGAGUACUUUUAUUGCUUUCAUUAAUGAAAUUGGAAGUCUUCGUCGACAAGCCAACAGCGCAAGAGGAAAUGAUGAUACGUUUAAGCCUCCAACAGUUGUUCACUGCAUUGGUGGAAUUGGUCGUACAGGUGUCACUAUCCUGACAGAGUUGUUGCUUACGGCAGUGCAACACAAUGAGCCUAUCAGCAUCCAACACUGCCUCAAACUCUUAAGAAGUCAAAGAAUGGCACUGGUUGAAACUCCUGAACAAUACAGAUUUGUUCAUCAAGUGUUGCUUGACUACCUGAAACACAAAAAGCAUUUGCUCUAUGGUCAUGAAGCCAUUAUUGGCAUGUUCUUGGUGUUUUUUUGGACUUGUUUUCUGAAUGUGGUGCACAACAUGGUUAUUGACCUUUGCAAUUACAUGCUGGCAGCCAGGAAAGAACUGGGGAUGAGUUUACAGUGA